UUUUUUUGGACAAUUUUCUCUUGGAAUUUCAUCCUUAGUUUCAUCUGAAGACCUAGUUUGAGCCCUCACAUCGCGCGUUGCUUCCCCCGCCUAGGCGUGGUGGUGUUCUCUGGUGGGUCAGUGCCAGCACAGGCCAGCGUGACUAGUUAAGGGCAGCUUGCAAGCGUGCUUAGAGUUAGAGGGAUUCUCAGGAAAGCUCAGUAGUAAGGAAUUACAUGGUUUUCCCCUUUCCUUUCAGUUGAGCCCAAUCGCGUAUUUGAAAGUGGCAUAUCAUCUUUCAAGAGCAUACAGCGCAGGAAAGCAAGAGCACUGCAGGCAAUAUAUUCCAUUAUACUGUGGAGAGAAACGUGGUGCUGUGUCAGUAGAGCACCAAGUUGUUGAUACUGGACAUAUUGCAAUAUUACUACAAUACUGAGGCAGUACAGCACAUAAGAACAAUACUACCUGGUCCUUCUCAACCUUGGCCUGCAAACAGCUUGAUUCUGCGAAGUGGCUUCUCCUUCAAGUAGAUUCCUAAUUUGCAAGUUAAACACCAGUACUGCUGACCUCUAAGCAUCUCUUAAAAAAAAAAAGUGCUGUGUUUUUAAAAAAAAAAUGUGCUGUAACCUAAAAAGGAGGUUUUUACUCCUGUAUGCAACACAAAAGGGGCAGGCAAAAGCCAUAGCUGAGGAAAUACAACAGCAAGCAGGUGCCCAUGGGCUUGAAGCUGAUAUGUACUGUAUAAGUGAAAUGGACAAGUAUAAUCUGGAAGCAGAAAAGGAUCCUGUAGUUAUUGUUAUUUCUACUACUGGUACUGGAGACCCACCAGACACUGCCCGCAAGUUCAUUAAGAAAAUUCAAGACAAGACCUUGCCACCUGAUCAUUUUGCACAUCUACAAUAUGGAUUGUUAGGUCUAGGAGAUUCAGAGUACACCUUCUUUUGUAAUGGUGGAAAGACGGUAGACAGACGACUUCAGGAACUUGGUGCCCAGCACUUCUAUGAUACAGGAUUAGCAGAUGAUUGUGUAGGUUUGGAACUAGUGGUUGACCCUUGGAUUGAUGGACUUUGGCUUGCCCUCAAAGAAGCGUUUCUAUUGCAGGAAGAAAAAAAAGGCAUGAGCAGCAACGUCGAUGCUGUUUCUGACUCUCCCUUUGCAGCCCCAUGUGUACGUGAACCAGACUUAACCUCAAAAGUACAGCACUUGAAGCUAGAAGAUGAGGGAGCGAGGAGUUCUGAUGUUCUGUCACAGAAACUGGUUGACAUAAAUCUUGUGACUUCAGCUCAAGACCUAGAACCUUCGCUUGUUCGUUCUGUCCCUCCUGUCUCCCAGUCUGCUCUUAAUAUUCCUGCCUUGCCAGCAGAAUAUUUAGAGGUCCAGUUUCAGGACACCCAUGGUGAGAAUCCCAGCCUGUCCUCACUGACUUCAGAGGGAACAGCCUUUGAAGUGCCAGUUACAAAAGCAGUUCAGCUCACUAGAGAAGAUGCAAUAAAAACUGCCUUACUCUUAGAACUGGAUAUUGCAGAUACAACCUUUGACUACCAGCCUGGAGAUGCCUUUUGUGUAAUAUGUCCCAACAACGUCAAUGAGGUGGAAGAACUUCUUCGCAUCUUGGGACUUCCUGGAAAAGGAGAGCACUUUGUUUGUGUAAAGGUUAAACAGGGCACUAAAAAGAAAGGAGCAACUCUUCCACAACACAUUCCUGAGAGAAGCACUCUGAAAUUCCUUCUAACCUGGUGUCUGGAAAUAAGAACAAUUCCCAAAAAGGCAUUUUUGCGAGCCCUUGUAGAAUGUACCGGUGACGCAAGAGAGAAGCGGAGGCUUCAGGAGCUUUGCAGCAGACAAGGAGCCUCUGAUUACACCCGUUUCAUUAGAGAGCCUAAUGUCUGCUUGCUGGAUUUACUUCAUGCUUUUCCAAGCUGCAAGCCUUCACUUAACCUGCUAAUUGAGCAUCUUCCUAAAUUACAACCCAGAUCCUAUUCAGCUUCAAGCUCAAACUUAUUUCAGCCAGGAAAAUUGUGCUUUGUGUUCAAUAUUGUGGAGUUUCCUGCCUGUCCCACUCGACCGGUGUCGUGGAAAGGAGUAUGUACAGGCUGGCUUGCUGAGUUAGUUGCACCCCUACUGCAGACUAACAAAAACGCUGUGGAUGCAAGAGGAGGAAGUCUUUCAACUGAAAAGAUAUUUAUUUUUGCUCGUCCGAGCAAUACUUUCCACUUACCUGCAGAUCCAUCCAUCCCUUUCAUAAUGGUUGGUCCAGGAACGGGAAUUUCACCAUUUAUUGGUUUUCUGCAACACAGGCAAAAGCUCAGAGAAGAACACACAGACUGGAAAUUUGGAGAGACAUGGCUGUUUUUUGGUUGUCGGCAUCAGGAUAGAGACUAUUUGUUCAAAGAUGAGCUCAAAUGUUUUCUUGAAAAUGGCACAUUAACUCAUCUUAAGGUUUGUUUCUCAAGAGACUUGCCAGCUGCGGAGGUAGCGCCACCUAAAUACGUGCAAGAUGUCGUUAGGCUUUAUGCUAAGGAAGUCGCCAGAGUCCUGAUGAAGGAGAGAGGUUACUUCUAUGUAUGUGGAGAUAAGAAGCACAUGGCUGAUGGUGUAAGUGAUGCUGUAGUGGACAUUUUAAGCAUGGAGAUGGGAGUUGACAAAUUGGAAGCAAUGAAAAUCCUGGCCAUGCUUCGAGAAGCAAAACGAUAUUUGCAAGAUGUUUGGAGCUAAAUAUGUUUAUGUUAAAUACUUUUUGAGCUUUUCCUGCGCCUUGGUAAUGCAAAAGCUUUUGUAUUUUGCUUCUUCAUUGUAUAUUGGGUUUGAUUUUUGACUAAAAGUUGUUGUCAAAAGUCCUGUUUAUAGUGUUGGACUUAUUAACGUUCUAUACUGACCUUUCAAACAGAAAUAUUAAACCUUUAAACAAGAGCAAACCAGACUGGCUUUGAGAUACAACUUUUUUUACAACAUUGAAUAAUGGACUUUCUCACUACCUUGAUUUUUCUGAUUUUAAGAAUGGUGCACACAGAAAGCAAAACCUUCUGCAGUAGUACCGAGUAUAACCUAAUGGGUUUACAUCUAUAUUUUUACCUAUAACGUGUACAUAAUGAAAUUGUAGAAUAAAAAUGGUGUUAUAUGCUAACCUACAUCAAGUGCAUUACUGACUCGGCAAGAUCUAGCUGAAUGCUUCUUAGAUAAUUCCUCAGACUAUUUAUAUUUUUUUGGCUUGCACAGUGAUGAUAAUCGCUAAAAAAGAACAAAUGCUCAGAAUAUAGGACAAGAAAGCUUGUUGCAGGUUUUCAGCUUUGGAGGUUUUUUUUUUUUUUGAUACCUAGCUUUUUCAUUUCAUCAUUCAAAUACUGUAUUCUCAAAGUUUUGCUACGCUCCAUACUAAUGCUUAUUAGACUUUCCCAGAUAAUUCUUUCAAAAUUAUUUUCAUUCCUGUCUCUAACAUUUUUUGUAGUUUAAUUCAUAAACGGAUUCACUGGUUGGGUUAAAUUUGAUUGCUGGAGAAAAUAUUACUCAGUAAAUACUACCCUGAAUUUCUAAACUAUUUUUGUUUAAGUUGCUGAAGCACAGUAAAAUACUGUGUUUUGAAAGAAGUUGCCCUUACAUAUGGCAACGCACUGCAAGAAUCAAGUUGUUGAAAACAAAUUGUUGACAUGUCCAGUCUUCUUUCUAACAAGAGCCAUUUGGAGUAAAUUGGUGGAAGAGCAAAAGUCUAAUAGCUAUUCGUGCAACUUCUCUUCAGAGCUCUCCUCUCUUCCCUCUGUUUCUUCUAACUUCUGAACAAUAGUGUUGUCGUCUUAUUCCAUGUCAUACCUCUAUCUUUAAAGAUAAGCACAAAGUAUGAGAAAAUAUUUUAGAUCAUUGUGUAUUGCCUGGGAAGAAUUCUGGUUUUGGUCUGCCUCAUGCAUAGUCAGAACUAUGUAACUUAUUCCAAGGCUUGUAUUUGUCUAGUGAUUGUUUGUUAGUUUGUGGGUAAGUCAAGAAAAAUUUGCAGAAAAAAUGUGAAGAUCAGUUAGAAUAACAUCUAUUUUUAAAAAAGCAGCUUACUAAUGAAGUGCCUUAAAUUCAGGUUUUGACUUGACUUGUGUGAUGAUAACUUUGAAUGCCCUUAGAAGGGAUCAACUAAAAUUUUAUAUAGAAAUUCUUCUGCAGCAUGGUUAUAUCAGUCUCUCUCGAGUAACCUCUACAGAGAAAGCUCCAUAGAGAGAGAUGGUUUAGAAUAAUUGUAAACAAUGUAAUUUUUAUAUCUGUGAUAUCUAAGGGUGAAAAAUCUGCUUCUUUUGAGGAGAUAAGCGCUGCAAUUCAGAGUUUGUGUGGAAAUAGCUUGGGUGAGGCAAACAUCAGCAUUUUGCAUAAGCUGGUCACCUUUACACGCUUCUGAAAUUAUCUAUCAAAGGAAAAGUUUUUAGUAAUAAUAAAAAAAAAAAUCAUCAACCACCUUCUGCUAACUGAAAUUUGAUUGGAAAUAGCACUCACUAGAUGAAUGUGUGUUCCCAGAUAGGAUUUAUUAUUUACUUGGAAGAUCUUGGAGGUUAUAGAGGAAAUUGUUUUUUGAUUGCAGCUUUUCCAGAUUUCUUGCAGGUAUUCAUUUUUGCAUUACUUGCCUAUCGCAAUGCAGAAGUUGCAGUGACCAUUCUGUACUGCUAUAGGUAAUAGUGUCACACCUUUUUGGGAUACUGACAGUUUAAUUUCCUGAUUCUCUGCAUUGAGUUUGACAAAGGGUCUGAUGUACAACUUUUAUUCUUGUGUUCCCCUCUCCAAUUACUAAUUUUCUCCAACACUAAAAUAUUUGUAAUAUUUAGUAAUGUAGAGGUAAGUCUGUAGUAAAACACAGGACUCUUGAUCUCUUCAAAUAACAAAGACAUUUGCAGCUUACUGUGAUAUUUAUAACUGUGUGGUGCUAAGCACAAAGUUCAAACUAGAAGAACCCUAACAAACACCACGGUCUUUUACGUGAAAGAAGUAUUUUUGCAUUCACGUUGAACAAGCAGGAAAGAUAGAGAGGAGAAGACUUGUGAGAAACAUGAAUCAUGGAGAUGGAAAAGGUUUGCAAUUAGAACCGAAUGUUUGUCUUAAUUAAACUGUGCCACUGUA